GCGGGUGCGCUGCCGGGCUUGCCGCGGGAAGCGGCUGCCCGGCUGGUAGGCCGCUCAGCAGCGCGCAGCCCCUGCGGCGGUGCUGCUUUUCGUCGUACUUUCUAGGAGAAAGCAACGAAGAUAAGUGAAAUUAAAAGACCGUGCGUAUUUUCGGCAGAAGAGCUGUUUUUCACCUCUCCUCAAAACUGGCUUUGAUAAAGUAAUUACUGCGUUUAAGGGAAAUGGAGUGGUUAUCUUUUUUCUAGACAGCGCUAGAGCUUUUGACCAGCUGCUGCAAAGGAAAUUGUUAUUGUGCUGAAAAGAUAGGGGUAGCACCUGAAUUGUAAAGAGGAUGGGAAGUAACUAGAGACAAACUAUGGUUAGUCACCUACUCCAGAGAGAAUCAGAACAAUGUCUUACGUUUUUGUGAAUGACUCUUCCCAGACAAAUGUGCCACUGCUGCAGGCUUGCAUUGAUGGAGAUUUUAACUAUUCCAAACGACUGUUAGAGAGCGGUUUUGACCCAAAUAUUCGUGACAGCCGAGGCCGAACUGGCCUUCACCUUGCUGCGGCCAGAGGAAAUGUAGACAUCUGUCAACUCUUGCAUAAAUUUGGUGCUGACCUAUUAGCCACUGAUUACCAAGGUAAUACAGCCCUUCACCUUUGUGGGCAUGUGGAUACCAUCCAGUUCCUAGUUUCUAAUGGACUUAAAAUUGAUAUUUGCAAUCAUCAAGGUGCAACACCACUUGUUCUUGCAAAACGAAGGGGUGUGAAUAAAGAUGUGAUUAGACUGCUGGAAUCUUUAGAGGAGCAAGAGGUGAAAGGAUUUAACAGAGGAGCUCACUCAAAGCUGGAAACGAUGCAAACUGCUGAAAGUGAAAGUGCAAUGGAAAGCCAUUCCCUCCUUAAUCCAAACCUACAACAAGGUGAAGGAGUUCUUUCCAGUUUCCGCACGACAUGGCAAGAGUUUGUGGAAGACCUGGGCUUCUGGAGGGUGCUGCUCCUGAUCUUUGUCAUUGCUCUUCUGUCGCUUGGAAUAGCAUACUAUGUUAGUGGGGUCCUUCCUUUUGUAGAAAACCAGCCUGAACUCGUGCACUGAAGCAAAUGCAAAGAAGUGCACUGUGCUUUUUCCUGUUCUAAUCUUAUUUUGAGCUUCUUGGAAUUACUCUCUUGGUGCAGACAGUGGCAGCUGUAUAUACUGCUUGCCUUUUGUACUUAUUAACCCUUCUGAAAGAGGAAUUAAUUCAUUUCAAGUAAAACACUAAAUUCUAAAACAUUCCUAAACUACCUCUGACUUGACUUGCAAGCAGGAUGUGAAUAUAAUCCCCUCUGUUGAUAAAAUAUUAUGAUUAGAAAAGGCCUUUCAUAAUGAAUAUUAAAUUCCUGGGCAUGAAAAGUAUAUCAUAGUACAGAACCAAAUUUGAUUUAUUUUCUCUAUGAAGAGAGGUAAAUCUAUGGUUGAAUUUUUUAAUGUGCACUUCAGUUGAAAGAAAAAUAUUCUUUUAAAAGUACUCCUCAAGAAGUCUGAAUAAUAUAAUAACACAUUCUGAUAUAUAGACAGUGAUAAGCUGCAACUUCAUAGUUUAUAAAAAGAAUGAGAAAUAGUUCAAGUUUUACUAUGUCUUUAAUGUAUAGAUUACUCCUUUAUUUAUUAGGUUAAAGUAGUGUUUCUUCCCUGUAUGAAUUCAUGUUGUGCUUUGGUAGUAAAGUUGUUUCAGCCCUAAGAUGAAAAUUUUGCCUUUUUGUUGAAAUGCUACUAAGCAAACCUUUCUUUGUAAGGGUGGUUAAAAAGUGAUUUAGGUGUUCUUCUCUGUAUAUAAUAAUUCUGUAAGGUCAUUGUCUUUGUGAGAUAUAUAAUGAAGGAUAACUUUUUUUUUCCUCCCACAAGGAGCAGACUGAACCAUAUAAUUGUAUUGUUUUCAUGUUUGUGGAGAGAACUUGAUUGACUAGAAUUCCUUUCUAUAAUUGUUUCCCAUUUCAGCACUUACAGGCUUAUGAAUUAUUUUCUGAGUAUGCAGAAUAAAAGUAUUUAAAAUGUUAAUAUUUAGAAACAUUGUAUAAAAUGAAAUCUUGGCCCAUUCUGUACUUAGCUGUGAAAUCCUUUGUUUUUAAAUAACCUAGAGUUAUGAACCAGUUAGAUACUCUUUUAUGAAGGCUAAAAUGGUACUACGUAGUAAGUUGGAGGUUUUUCUCCCCUCCCAUGCUGAUUAACAUCUGACUCUCUUUGCUGCCAUUGCCUUGAAAAUCCCAAACAAAAUGCAUGCAGCAAAGCUAAUGAAUCUUUUUUUUUUUUUUUUUUUCACUUAGCCACUCCUAAAUUGUUGCUAAAUAACAUCAAGCAUUAUAAAUUACAAUAAGUAUUGAUAGAAGUAACCUACAUCUCUCUGUUCUGCCUCCAUGUAUGUUUUUCUUUCUUGAUUAUGGGUUUGAGUAGAGAGGGUUGUUGUCUUUAUUUUGAUAUGACAUGGGCUUCACUAAACUGGGCCCCAUUCUAAACUGUGUCUGAAUAAUUCUUGUUCUCAUUUCUUAAAUUAGAGGUUAAUGAAAUGAUACUUUUCCAGGAGCCACAAUGCCUCAGAAAGGAGAGCCUCUUAAAACCAAAACAAAACGUGGAGUAUAUUCCUCUUCUGAAUAUUUCAAUUACUGUACAUCUGUUCAUGAACAGAGAAAUAUAAACUCAUAGUAUACCUAAAUUACAUUUACUUAUCUAAAUAAGUACAUUUCUGUUAAUACGACUCUGUAUCUUGAAUAAUGAUAUUGUCUUUCAGUAUGUAUUAUCUGCAUAAUUUGUAAUUGUAUUCUCAGUAUGGGUGAAUGCCACAAAUAAAUAUAUGUAGUAAAUA